AUGAACAUGAUGAGCUCAUUCCAACAAGAACAAUCACUGGACACAGAAUGUGUGUCGACUACAGGAAAGCUGAACUCCUCCACGCGCAAGGACCACUACCCCUUGCCAUUCAUAGACCAGAUGCUUGAGCGCCUUGCCAAUCAUCAAUACUACUGUUUCUUGGAUGGAUACUCAGGAUUUUUCCAAAUUCCAAUCCACCCAGAUGAUCAGGAGAAGACUACAUUCACUUGUCCCUAUGGCACAUAUGCUUAUAGGAGAAUGCCUUUUGGAUUGUGCAAUGCUCCAGCUACAUUCCAAAGGUGUAUGAUGUCCAUAUUCACAGAUCUCAUAGAAGAGAUUAUGGAGGUUUUCAUGGAUGAUUUCUCAGUAUAUGCCGCCCAAGACAGUAAAGAUAUCAGAAGCUUCCUAGGACAUGCUGGGUUCUACAGGAGGUUCAUUAAAGAUUUCUCACAGAUAGCAAGGCCGCUAACACGCCUAUUAUGCAAGGAUAUUAACUUUGAGUUCACAGAGGAGUGUCACAAGGCUUUCACUAAGAUCAAAGAUGCAUUGGUCAGUGCGCCAGUGGUUCAACCUCCAAACUGGGAACUACCUUUUGAGAUAAUGUGUGAUGCAAGUGAUUAUGCAGUAGGAGCAGUGCUUGGACAAAGAAAAGACAAGAAGCUACAUGUGAUCUACUAUGCCAGCAGAACACUUGAUGAGGCACAAUGCAAGCUACCUGAAGAAUCAGUUUAUGCAGCUGAAGCUAGCAAUAAGCAUGGACAACUAGGCCAUCACAGGCCAGGAACAAAGAUCUCAUCAUCAAACACACCAUGGUUUCGCCACAUAGCAAACUUCCUUGCAGCUGAAUACCCACCACCAAACUUCUUUGGCUACAGAAAGAAGAAAUUUCUGCGUGAUGUAAGAAGGUACUACUGGGAUGAACCUUACUUAUACAAGAAAUGUUCAGAUGGAAUGUUUAGAAGAUGCAUACCUGAGGAAGAGGUAGAAGGAAUAUUGUUUGCUUGUCAUAGUUCUAGCUAUGCAGGCCACUUUGCCACUUACAAGACAGUAUCCAAGGUCCUACAAGCUGGAUUUUGGUGGCCAACAAUGUUUAAGGAUGCUCAUGCAUUCAUAUCAAGAUGUGAUGCUUGCCAAAGAAUGGGAAAUAUAAGCAAGAGGAAUGAGAUGCCACAGAACUUUAUACUAGAAGUUGAAGUUUUUGAUGUUUGGGGCAUUGACUUUAUGGGACCCUUCCCAACCUCUUUUGGUGACCAAUACAUUCUAGUGGCAGUUGAUUAUGUCUCCAAAUGGGUGGAAGCCAUGCCAGCCCUACUAAUGAUGCACAAGUGGUCAUCAAGAUGUUUAAAUCCAUCAUUUUUCCAAGGUUUGGAGUGCCUAGGAUAG